AUGCAGUACUCUUUCGUCACCCUUUUCGCCCUUGUCGCCGCCGUCUCGGCUCUGGCUACCCCUCAGCAGCAGCACAAUGAGUUCGUCAAGCGCCAAGCUGCAGGUGCUGCCCAGGGCGGCGGCGUCGCCGUCAACGCCCCAGCCAUGACCAACGCACAAGGCGAGGUCAUCGCAUUCGACUCAACCAAGGUCUACAAGGACGCCACGGCCAAGGGCCUGUGA